AUGUUUUUCAAGACGCUCACUCUCCUUCUCUCGCUCGCGACUGCCGUGACACCGCGGUCUGUCAAACGCGAUGAAGGCACAAAGCUAUAUGCCUACGGCAAGGGUAUAUCCGGACUUGAAGUGUAUGCUGGGCUCAAUGGCACCGCGUACAUUGCAGCCUCAGCUGGAUCCAACCUCACUGAGCUGACUUGGGCCUCCCCAUCCAUGGACACUACCUGGAAUGUCACUGCGAACAGCACUGAUCCAGACUUACCUGUCGAUACCGGCAGAGUGUUCUACAUCAUCAACUCAGAGACUGCCUAUGAACCAUGCGGUUUCAAGUCCCCUAAUGAGACUAUUCCCGCUGACGCCUCCACUACUGGCUUCUUCUUGUUCGGGAAGCAAGCGUUCUGGAGCGAUGGCUCCAGCUACGAGGCUCAAUUCUGGGCUCAGACCACCAGCGAGACGGAUUUGUACACUCUCAACUGGAACAAGGCCGGUACCGAUCAGACUGACAGCGUCCCUGUCACUCUCAAGACCGUUGCACCUACCACGUUGGAUCGCACCCGGCACCGCCGUUAA